CCCAGCUCGUAGCUCAUGCUGCGUGCGCCUCAUGAUGACUAGCAUCCUCACCAAGCUCCGGCGCUUGCGUUUCCGACCCGCCGGUGGCCUGUCGAGCCAACUCGGCUGCCUCGUCGUCGACCACAGAGGACCCAAGGUGGUGGUGCGGUCAUGGGCGACACAUCAGCAGAUGAGGUCUUUGACCAGCGGUACGGGCGGCCUCGACUAUGAAGACCCUGGUCAUUACGCGACGCUUGGCCUACAACCAUCGGCUUCACCUGAAGAAAUCAAGGCGGCCUGGACUAAACUGAACUUCGACCUGCAUCCGGACAGGACGGGCAAGAAGAGCAAAGACGAUGCAGACAGACUCCUCAAAGUCCAAGCUGCCUACGAAAUUUUGAGAUACCCACAGAGGAAGGCAGAAUAUGAUGCGCGGCAUGGGUAUAACAGGCCCGUGCAGCCGGACGCGGCUGCGAAGCAGCAAAGCGCAGCUGGGACGCGGCGAGGAGGCAUCGGGCUGAGAGCUUCGCUCCGUCGCAUGGCUGUCAAAUUUUGGGAGCAGCAGCAACUCAAGGAGGCAAGAGACAGGCUGGCAGCCAAUGCAGCCGCGAAAGUGCAGGCCGCAGAAGCAAAGAGGAGAGACGAGGCACUCAAGGCAAAGCAGCUGGCCAACCGCGCUGCAGCGAGGGCCAAGGCCGACCGCGAGGCCCAGGAGCAGGCCGACAUGAAGAAGGCCGACAAGAAGAAGGCCGACAAGAAGAAGGCCGACAAGGAGGACCCGGCCAUCAGGGCAGCAGAGAUAGCUGAGAAGCAAAAGGCCGACAAGGAGGCGGCUGCACGCAGGGAAGCUGCUGCUCAAGCCAAAAAGGCCGAGCUGGCGAAGCAGCGGGAGAGGGGAGCGCGCCUGGUCGUGAUACGGCCUGUACCAGACACAGCGACCGCGUAUGAUUUCGCCCAAUCUCUCGAGUCCAUCAAGGCGGGACGCAUCCUCUACCUGGGCUGCGAAAGAGGUAUUGCCUGGGUCGAGUUGCCAACCGCUGAGCAGGCCAGGACCCUUCAUGGCUUCAUUACGGAGACGGGCGCGUUCCCCAUUGGUGGCAUGUGGAUCGGGACCGCGGAGCUAAGGCAGGGCAUUGUCCCGCCUCCACAGGGUCCAGAGUUGAUCACCAGAUGCCUGCGUAUCGUGAUGCCCGCGGAGUUUUUAAGGAUGCUGCAACCGGACGAAGACCUGAACAGCCUGAUCAAGAGAAAGCUCCGCGAGCGAGGCUUUUACAUUUCUAUUAUCGGCUUCUCCUGGGGCAGUACGCGCGAUGGCAUGUGGAUCAUCCGGGAUCAUUUCUCUGUUGCGCAUGCGCAGAGCACGAAAGCAGCGAUCGAGAAAUACUACCCGCAGCUUGAGGUGACAUACGCAGAGGACCCCUGUGCAGGUCUGCCCAAGACAACAAGGGAAGAUGCCGUCAAGGCGUCCGGAAGCGACAAGAAAAAGCCCCGGUUUGACCUAUCGCCUGCCUCGCUUCUUUUCGAAGUUGCGUUCGCCUUAGUCUUCUAUAGUGUAAUCUAUGCAAUAGGAGCUGCUGGGACGGAUGUGGAAAAGGGGAAAUCCUUGGAUGACAAGAAUCAAUAG